AUGGGUUGGAUUCCAUGUUCGGGAAAUUCAGGAACCAAGAAGAAGAUUGUGAAGAUGGAAGUUGAAGACAGUGUUGCUCCUCAGAUUAAACCUACCCCAGGGAAAUUGAAGAGGAAUUCAUCGACAAAUUCCAAGGAUAAAUCUAAAAACGGGAGCGCCCAACACAUUGCAGCACAGACUUUCUCGUUUCGCGAGUUGGCGUCUGCAACUAGAAAUUUUAAAGCGGAAUGUCUUUUAGGAGAGGGAGGCUUUGGUAGAGUAUACAAAGGGCAUAUGGAAAGUAUCAACCAGGUUGUCGCAAUCAAGCAACUUGACCGAAACGGACUCCAAGGGAAUCGCGAAUUCCUUGUUGAAGUAUUGAUGUUAAGUCUACUUCACCAUCCUAACCUUGUCAACCUUCUUGGUUAUUGUGCUGAUGGAGAUCAAAGGCUUCUAGUUUACGAAUUCAUGUCGUUAGGAUCCUUGGAAGACCACUUGCAUGAUAUAUCUCCGGGGAAGAAACGACUUGAUUGGAACACGCGAAUGAAAAUAGCUGCUGGGGCAGCAAAGGGGUUGGAAUAUCUACACGACAAAGCUAAUCCUCCGGUUAUAUACCGAGAUUUGAAGUGCUCCAACAUUUUGCUUGGCGAAGAGUAUCACCCAAAGUUGUCUGAUUUUGGUUUGGCGAAACUUGGCCCGGUCGGAGAAAACACCCAUGUAUCGACAAGGGUUAUGGGAACCUAUGGAUAUUGUGCUCCAGAGUAUGCAAUGACGGGGCAACUCACUCUCAAAUCAGAUGUUUAUAGUUUCGGUGUAGUUCUUCUAGAAAUAAUCACAGGAAGAAAAGCCAUCGACUACUCAAAAUCCACGGCAGAGCAGAAUCUUGUCGCAUGGGCUAGACCAUUGUUCAAAGACCGAAAGAAAUUUUCGCAAAUGGCUGAUCCUACGCUUCAAGGUCAGUAUCCUUCAAGAGGGCUAUACCAGGCUCUUGCUGUUGCAGCAAUGUGUGUUCAAGAACAAGCUAAUAUGCGUCCGGUUAUAGCUGAUGUUGUCACUGCUUUAUCUUACCUCGCUUCACAAAGAUACAAUCACAAUACACAGACAGUCCAAAACUCGCGCCACGCUCCUCGUACUCCUUCUAGAACCAGAAGAGGACAAUGA